AUGGCGGCGGCGGCCGGCGAGGCCAGGGCGCGGGCACUGCUGCAGCGGCACCAGCCGUUCGCGCCCCCGCCCGGCGAGUACCACAACUUCGGCGCGCCCGCGGACGCCGGCGAGGAGGUGGUGGAGGCCGUCGUCCUCAGGACGCCAGCGAGUGCGUGGCUGAACAAUUCUAAUGACCCAAUAAGAGCGAAUGACAAGAAAUACAAUAGUUUUUGGAAUGAUAUCGCUGAAGAGUUCAACAAGAACGCAGCACCAGGUCGUGAAAGGGACACAAAUCAACUGAAGAUUCAUUGGUCACGCUUGAAGACAGUUAUCGCUGACUUCAAUGGAUGUUGGACUAAGGUCAAUAGAGUUCACAAAAGUGGGGCAUCUGAUGAUCAGAUGAUGGAUGAGGCACUUGCAUUGUAUACAGAACGAUACAAGAAGCCUUUCACUUUGAUCCAUUGGUGGAGGAAUCUCAAGAAUGAACCUAAAUGGUGUGCACAUGUUGCCCAAUUGGAGAAAGAAAAGAAUGAAUCACAACCUCCCAUUGAUAUUGAUGAUGACAUACAGACCGAGCGUCCAAUUAGGAGAGAUGCAGCCAAGGCAAGCGGAAGACGCAAUAGCAAGCGCAAGACGGAAGAGGUGAUUGAAGGAUUUGCAAUCUUAGGAGGUAAUAUAGACAAGAUAGUUGCGGUUACUCAAGAGCGUGCGAAGACAACAGAGGCACAUCUUGAAAUCUCAAGGAUGAGACUGAAGGCAGCACAAGAGGAAAAGGAAGCAAAAAUGCUUCAAGUCUAUGAUUCAUUGCUUCACCAAGAUACUAGUCAGAUGACAGAAGAAUCAAAGGCUAGAAGAAAGAAGACACUGGCGAUGAUGGAGAAGAAACUUUUCAGUAACAAUGAAGUGUGA